AUACCAUAGACGAAAGAAGAUAAUCAAGGGAGAACAUGGCAAGUUAUUACUUUCUAUAGGAAUAACACAUUCAACGAACCAUGGAUGAUUUGGCAAACAUUAACUGUUCGAUUCUCUUUCUCCUUGCGCUGCACACAUGGGGCUGCCAGCAACCACUCGGACUGGGUCCACGAGUCACACCGGAGUGCCAGUUUCAGUGAAGAACCGGUAGACCGAAGUUCCGCUUUUAGCUAACGUCACCUCUCGUAAUGCAUUUGGCUAGCACUGACAGCUUCUGUGAAGUAUCUAGCCAUUUUAGCUAGCUGUGAGGCAAGUGUGUCAGCAUUUUAAGCACUGUAAAUGCCACAAAAACAUAGUUAACUAGCAACGCAUGAGCGCUUGAUAAGGCAGAAUGUCACCUCUUGAACAGCGGUGUUUGCUCCACUUCAAGAACACGACAGCGGGCUCUAACAACACAUGACUUGUGGAGCCACUGAUGGAACGCUACACGUCAGAAUUGGUGGUGGCAAAGGACGGACCAAUGGGAAGGACGGACCAAUGGGAAGGAUGUUUACCUCGCGUCUCAACAAUGUGUCGUUCCGAUUCAGAUUUUGGCGUUGAUGAGCAUCUGAUUUAUUCUCUACAAUUGAUAAGGAGGAAGCUGAGCUCUGUUCUGGUUGCCUGAGGACACACCUGCUGUAACACUUACCUGUGCUGUGUGAACCUUGGCCUUUGCGUGAACUAAGGGAGUGUGUCACCUGAGGCAGGACAGCGGGAUUCUUCUCAACCUUCAUCCAUCGAUCUUCAACACUCACUUCUUGAAGUCCAAGCUAGCCUGACUGCUCUCUCCCUCUCUCUGUAUCUAUUCAUCCAUCCAUCUACAACACUCACUUCUUGAAGUCCAAGCUAGCCUGACUGCUCUCUCCCUCUCUCUGUAUCUAUUCAUCCAUCCAUCUACAACACUCACUUCUUGAAGUCCAAGCUAGCCUGACUGCUCUCUCCCUCUCUCUGUAUCUAUUCAUCCAUCCAUCCCUCCUUCACACUUCUCCAUGCUUCUGCCCAAUUAUGUCCCUCAGUAAGACUUCUGUCUCUCCGUCGCUCCGUGAUCCAUCUCUCUGUCCAUCUGCUCCCCUCCUGACCGCCAGGCUGGAUUUCCUGCAGAUGAAACACUUGAAGAGGAAGAGGAAGAGUAACUACAGCGUUCGUGAGACACAGACACUGAUCCGGGAGAUCCACAAGCGACGAGACGUGCUGUUCUCCCGCCAGCAGAACACCGCCAUCAACGAGCUGAAGAGACGAGCCUGGGAGGAGGUAGCAGGAGGCGUCAACUCACUGGGAGAGGGCGAGCUACGCACAUCUUCAGAGGUGAAGCGGCGUUACCUGGACUGGCGGUCGCUAAUGAAGAGGAAGCAGCUCCAUGCUGAGCUGUCUCUCUCCACAGGGCUGAAGGCAGAGUAUGAUCCGUCCUCCCCUGAACACGACGCCUCACUUGGUUCAGGGGACCAGUCGCUCGACCUCUCUAGCUUUCCCAAGGAGUCCCAGUGCGACUGGCAGGACCUGGCGGAUCUUGGAGAGCCCAGCGGACACGCAAUGUCUACAGGGAUUAAGAUGGAGGAGGAGGUCAAUGGAUACAGGCUGGAGGGUGAUAGCGGAGAGGGAGAUGGUGAGGUAGAGGAGGAGGAGGAUGAUGAUGAUGAAGAUUGUUUCCCCUCCCUCCUACCCGACAUGGGAGAGCGCGAUGUACGUAUCCCGGAAGUCUUCUCACACAUUGAUGAGUUUGGAAUGCUCAGCGCCUCAAAGGGGACGGCGACCUCAAUAAAUCGGGACCUCUCAUUGGGCGGAAUGGGCUUUGCUGGGUUAGGACUGGCCAAUCACGAGAGUACGGGACUUCUGGUUGGUUUGGAGAAGCAGCGUGUGGAACUGGAGAAGCAGCGCCUGGCUGUGGAAACGGAGCGGCUUGUGGUGGAGAGAGAGAGACUCCUACUGGAUAAGGAGAGACUGAGUCAGUCGAAGGUGGAGAGGGAGAGAUUGCAGCUGGAGAGAGAGAGAUUGCAGCUGGAGAGAGAGAGAUUGCAGCUGGAGAAAGAGAGACUUAGGCUGUUGCUCAUGAACCAAUCAGAACGGGCUGCUGCUCCCCCCCAGCAAGGCCCUCCCUCCUCCUCCACCCCUAUCACAUCCUCUUCCUCUGCUGUGGAUGGACAGAAUGAGAGAAAUGAGAAUAAACCCUGGCUUUCUAUGAUAGAUCUGGAGGGUGAGAGACUGAGCCUGGAGAAGGAGCGACUGCAGUUAGAGAAAGAGAGGCUGCAGUUCUUUAAGUUUGAGUCUGGACGACUGCAGAUAGAGCGGGAGAGACUAGAGGUAGAGAGAAUGCAGCUUCACCAGGACCAGGGUCAUUGAGAGAGGGAGGAUAGGAUUGCAUCAAAUAACAUUUUGUCACAUGCUUCGUAAACAACAGGUGUGGACUAACAGUGAAAUGCUUAUGGGCCGUUCCCAAUAAUGUAGAGAGGAAAUAGAGAAAUAAUUGAAAGAUGAUGAUGAUGAUAAUAAUAGAUACAUAAUUAGAAAUGAAAAGCUUUGUUAUAUACAUGGGGUACCAGUACCAAUUUGAUGUGUAGGGGUACAAGGUAAUUGAGGUACAUACAGUGGCAAGAAAAAGUAUGUGAACCCUUUGGAAUUACCUGGAUCUCUGCAUAAAUUAGACAUCAAAUUUGAUCUGAUCUUCAUCUAAAGUAAGUCACAACAAUAGACAAACAGUCUGCUUAAACUAAUAACAUACAAAUGAUUGUAUUUGUCUUGUCUUUAUUGAAUAGAUCAUUUAAACAUUCAGUGUAGGUUGGAAAAAGUAUGUGAACCUCUAGACUAAUGACUUCUCCAAAAGCCAAUUGGAGUCAGGAGUCAACUAACCUGGAGUUGAAUCAAUGAGACAAGAUUGGAGAUGUUGGUUAGAGCUGCCCUGCCCCAUAAACACUCACAACAUUAGUUUGCUAUUCACAAGAAGCAUUGCCUGAUGUGAACCAUGCCUCAAACAAAAGAGAUCUCAGAAUAUCUAAGAUUAAGAAUUGUUGCCUUGCAUGAAGCUGGAAAGGGUUACAAAAGUAUCUCUAAAAGUCAGUCCACGGUAAGACAAAUUGUCUAGAAAUUGAGAAAUGUUGCUACUCUCCCUAGGAGUGUCCGUCCUGCAAAGAUGACUGCAAGAGUACAGCGCAGAAUGCUCAAUGAGGUUAAGGAGAAUCCUGGAGUGUUAGCUAAGACUUACAGAAAUCUCUGGAAGAUGCUAACAUCUCUGUUGACGAGUCUACGAUACGUAAAACACUAAACAAGAAUGGUGUUCAUGGGAGGACACCACAGAAGAAGCCACUGCUGUCCAAAAAAAACAUUGCUGCACGUCUGAAGUUCACAAAAGAUCACCUGGAUGUUCCACAAUGCUACUGGCAAAAUAUUCUGUGGACAGAUGAAACUACAGUUGACUUGUUUGGAAGGAACACACAACACUGUGUGGAGAAAAAAAACACAGCACACCAACAUCAAAACCUCAUCCCAACUGUAAAGUCUGGUGGAGGGAGCAUCAUGGUUUGGGGCUGCUUUGCUGCCAGACACACCAGACAUCCCAAGAAUAUUGCUGAUAUGAAACAGUGUUGUAAAGAGGAAUGGUCCAAAAUUCCUCCUGACCGUUGUGCAGGUCUGAUCCACAACUACAGAAAACGUUUGGUUGAGGUUAUUGCUGCCAAAGGAGGGUCAGUCAGUUAUUAAAUCCAAGGGUUCACAUACUUUUCCCUCCCUGCAAUGAGAAUGUUUACACGGUGUGUUCAAUAAAGACAUGAACAAUUAUAAUUGUUUGUGUGUUUGAGUUCAAGCAGACUGUUUGUGUCUAUUGUUGUGACUUAGAUGAAGAUCAGAUCACAUUUUAUGACCCAUUUACGCAGAAAUCCAGGUCAUUCUAAAGGGUUCACUUACUUUUUCUUCCCACUGUAUGUACAUAUAGGAAUAACGUGACAGGUAAUGAACAGUAGCAGCAGCGUGUGUGAUGAGCAUUAAGGGAUAUCUACGAGAGAAGUGCCUGGAAGAAGGGUCAAAGGAGAGGGGAGCAGUGUGGUCUUUAUCUCAGUGUAGACAGGCCAGGUGUGAGCCUCUAUGAGCAGUCACCUCCAUGGUCCACCUCUCCUGUCUGUCUCAGACCGCUCCAAUAGCUUGAUACACAAUAGCUGAAUAGCUCAACCAAUCAGACAGUACAACCAUCAAACUGACCUUAGAUCAACAGGGCGUCUUCAUCCUACUCCAGGUUGUUGGCAAAAGGAUGUUAUCCAGUUUUAUUUCCUGUAGAGGCUGGAUCAAGAUUCAAACUGCCACUCAGAGCCACUACCAAUCACAUUUAAAACCAUCCCCCUGCCAAUCAUUCUGUUAUGCUUGUGGACUUUGUUGCGUUCAAAUAUGGAUUAUUUCAAUUCAAAGGAGAUGUUAAUUGAACACAUAUAAUCUGUGUCUACCACAGGAGGUUGGUGACACCUUAAUUGGGUAGGACAGGCUUAUGGUAAUGGCUGGAACUGAAUAGUGUCAAAUACACCAAUCACGUGGUUUCCAUGUGUUUGAUGCCAUUCCAUUCACUCCGUUCCAGAUGUUGUUGUGAACAGUCCUCCCCUCAGCAGCCUCCACUGGUGUCUACAAUGUGUGUUUGUUUCAAGUGAGUGGUUGUGUACUGGGAGAAACUGUUGUUUUGUGUAGCUCAGUACUAACGUCCAUGUACUGCACAGAAAGUGGAGUAGCUGUAAACUCAAAAGUACAGAAUGCUCUACAGUAUACUACUGUAUGUGACUCAAACCAAUGUCAUGUAAGGCUUUACAGAGAUUUUACUUUAAUUUUACCAAACCUUUUGUCUUUUUUAAUGGUGCUAUUUUGAUUGUGUGUUUGUGGUUUAGUACUACGGUGAAAUGUUCUAUAUUAGCUCAGUCAUCCAAGGAAAGAGUUGAAUAUCUCUGCAGGUUCAGUCUAUUUUAAGAGAUGAGAAAAGGAUAAUGUUGCCUAUAUGCUUUCUGCAUCGCCUUUAAGACUCACAAUAAAGGAUAUAAAUGAA